CCCUCUCUCUCUCUCUCUCUCUCUUUCUCUCCCUCUGUGUGUGUGUGUGUGUGUGUGUGUGCUAUACCUACCCCGGCGCACUCACUGAUAGGACUAAGUGGACGCGCGCACGCGGAGCUCUGAAAGAGCAUCUACGAUGCAAACGGGGCAAAGGGAGGAGGAGGAGGAGGAGUACCAAACCGGAGAGGAUAUCGAUUUUUCAUCUCAUCCUACACUAACGGAGUAGUGUGUGUGUGUGUGUGUGUGUGUGUGUGUGGAUAUUGUUCCCCUUGUUUUCUCCUCUCUUCCUCUUUUUUUUUUUUUUUUUUUUUCCCUUUCCUUCGGAGAAGUGGAGCACCGUCACCACCGCAGCCGUGUUAUUCCUGCAUCCCAUCGCGCGGACAGCGGGACCUCUCUGUGUGUGUGCGCGCGCGCGCGUGUGUGAGUGUGAGUGCAUGUAUGUGUGUAUGUGUGAGUGUGCGCAUGUGAGCGUGUGCAUUUUCUCGCUUCUGAAAAGAGGAAAGGAAAGGAAAGAAUAAAACGGAGCCCCGGAGUGCAUGCAUGCAACAGCGUGGCGGGGGAACGGAGGAUGGAGACGCGUCCGGUGCCGCCGCUGCCGCUGCGCUUUGCUUCCUGCUGGAGGUUGUUGCUCUUGCUCGGUGUGUUGCGGGUGUGUGUGAGCUCGGUGCUGGAGUGCCCGCCGACCUGCAGCUGCUCCAGCACGGAGAUUCACUGCAAUAAAUCGCACCAGGGCAGCUUUUUCCCUCUGCUCGCCCUGCACGAGACGGGUAUAGACGCGGGCAACAACGGCACACACAGCACCAGCAUCUCCGACCUCUUCCAGAACAUCACCUCCAUACACAUCGAGAACUGGUUGGGCCUGCAAACCGUACAGGAGGUUGACAUGGCUCUGUACACCGGAAUCCAGAGACUGACCAUCAUGAACUGCAAUUUGAGGACGAUCCAGUCUCGAGCCUUCGCCCAGAACCCGCAUCUACGUUACAUAAAUUUGUCCAAGAACCCUCUGACUACUCUUUCCUGGCAGCUCUUCCAGAAUCUGCAGCUUAUCGACCUGAGGUUAGAGGGCGUGGUAUUUAACUGCAGCUGUGAGAUUCGGUGGAUCCAGCUGUGGCAGCAGAGAGGAGAAGCAGGUCUCCACAACCAGCAGCUUUUCUGUAACACAGGCUUCAGUCAAAUCCCUCUACAGCUGCUCAACAUCUCCCACUGCGAUGUUCCAGAAAUCAGCGUGACACACAGCAGCCUGACGGUGAAUGAGGGGGAUCGGGUUACCAUCACGUGUAACGGGUCUGGAGUUCCGGUUCCUGAUGUGGACUGGAAGGUUAACUCACUGCACUCCAUCAGCACACAACAGGCCACUCAGUUUCCUCCUCACGUGCACUCUUUGACGUUAACCUUGUUUAACGUGAGUCGGGAUGAUAACCUGUCCCUGCUGCCCUGCACCACCGAGAACAUUGUGGGCAUGAGCAACACAACUGUCCACCUCUCCGUCCAGUUCCCUCCCACCAUCGUGCGUUUCGAGAACCCGGAGAAAUGGCACGACACGUGCAUGAUGUUCAUCGUCCGAGGCCAGCCGCUGCCCGCGGUGCGCUUCUUCUACAGAGACGUGGAGCUGCCGCAGACCGACUACGUCCGCAUGGAGGCCGAGGUUUAUCGGGACUCGCUCGAGGGCUGCCUCAUCUUCAAAAACCCUACCCACCACAACAACGGCAACUACACACUGGAGGCCCGCAACGUCCUGGGCGUGGCCACCAAAAUGGUCGACGCCCACUUCAUGGGAGCGCCGUUUGAUGGAGACUAUGUAGAAUUCGUUCACCCCACAGCUCACUCUCCUGUGAGUCCGAGUCUGACUCCCACCAUCACUGUUACGCACCGGCCUGAAGAGGACACGUUCGGGGUGUCUAUCGCAGUGGGCUUGGCUGGCUUCGCCUGCGUCCUCCUCCUCGUCAUGUUUGUCCUCAUUAACAAAUACGGCAGGCGCUCCAAGUUCGGCAUGAAAGGCCCCGUAGCUGUGAUUAGCGGAGAAGAAGACAGCGCUAGUCCCCUCCAUCAUGUUAAUCACGGUAUUUUGAGCCCGUGUACACUGGACGCUGGGCCCGAUGCUGUCGUCAUCGGUAUGACCCGAAUCCCCGUCAUCGAAAAUCCACAGUACUUCCGUCACGGCCACAACUGCAACAAACCUGCGACAUACGUGCAGCACAUAAAGCGACGGGACAUCGUGUUGAAGCGCGAGCUCGGCGAAGGCGCCUUUGGGAAGGUUUUCCUGGCAGAGUGUUAUAAUCUCAGUCCCACCAAGGACAAGAUGCUCGUCGCCGUGAAGACUCUGAAAGAUCCCACGCUGGCGGCGAGGAAGGAUUUCCAGCGCGAGGCCGAGCUCCUCACCAACCUGCAGCACGACCACAUCGUGAAGUUUUACGGAGUCUGCGUGGACGGAGACCCGCUCAUCAUGGUGUUCGAAUACAUGAAGCACGGAGAUCUCAACAAGUUCCUCAGAGCUCACGGUCCCGACGCCAUGAUCCUGGUUGAUGGACAGCCGCUGCAGACGAACGGAGAGCUGGGUCUGUCUCAGAUGCUACACAUAGCCACUCAGAUCGCAGCGGGCAUGGUGUACCUGGCAUCUCAGCACUUUGUGCACAGAGACCUGGCGACACGCAACUGCCUGGUGGGGAACGGGCUCCUGGUCAAGAUCGGAGACUUCGGAAUGUCCAGAGACAUCUACAGCACUGACUACUACCGGGUCGGAGGUCAUACGAUGCUUCCUAUUCGCUGGAUGCCUCCUGAAAGCAUAAUGUACCGCAAAUUCACCACCGAGAGCGACGUAUGGAGCUUCGGCGUCAUCCUAUGGGAGAUCUUUACCUACGGCAAGCAGCCUUGGUUCCAGCUUGCCAAUAACGAGGUGAUCGAGUGUAUAACGCAGGGUCGGGUGUUGGAACGUCCUCGUGUCUGCCCUAAGGAGGUGUAUGACGUGAUGUUGGGCUGCUGGCAGCGAGAACCGCAGCAGAGGCUCAACAUUAAAGAGAUCCAGAAAAUCCUGUUCGCGUUGGGAAAAGCAGCGCCGGUUUACCUGGACAUCCUCGGCUGAAACGACCGGUCAGAACCAGAGCCGGAACUGGACCACAUAUAUAUAAAUAUAUAUACACACCCACCCAUACACACACACACAUCUGAGCAAUGGGACGGACUUAAGUGCCUGCUACACCUUUCCAAACACUGGAUACGAGUCUUUAUGGAGCACUUUUUCCAUUUUUCUUUUUUCCCCUGCAGAUGGAAGUGUACAGUUCUACUGACCGGAACCGGAGACGGCUUUGGAUUACUUUGGGGUUGUUGUUUUUUUUCCAGGAAUAAAAUAUAAAAAGAUUUUAUAAACGUGCAAAAGUUUUAAAAACAACAAAAAAAAAAACACACAACUUUUCAUUUAGUUUCAGCUUGAUGGAGAAUAAAAGUCCACGCUUCACAUUUUUUCCCUUUAAUUUAAUUUCUUUUGCAGCGUGUCGACGUGUCACGAAGACGUGAACAAUCUUCCACACGAUGCUAGCCGACGAUCUUCUCCGUGACUGUAGAGGAGACACUCAGCAGGGCUUUUCCUUCCUAAAAGCAGGAACUUUUCACCCGCUCGUGGAACUUUACGGCGCCACGGAGCCGACCAAUCACAGCAAAGGAUUUUAUUUAAACAAAGCUGAAUGUAUAUAAUGUAAAUUCCUGUGUCCGUAUGGUAACUUAUUUCAUUUUUCGCUAUUUAGACCGCUUUAGUUUCUUGAUGUGCCGUUACAGUGAGUAAAUUCUAUAAAUAUUUUGAUAUGUUACAUUAUUUUUUUUUUGUUUAAACUGAAUGAACUUCAUCUCAUUCUCUUUUUAGACGUCUGCUAAACUCUGAGGUUUUUUUUUUUUCGAGAAACGAUCAAACGAGUUUCAUAGCAGAACGCGUCACGUUCACGCCACGAGCGUUAAAUAUUAUCAGUUCCUGUGUGAUAGAUGCUCUAGGAAGAUGAUUCUUACCCUAGGACUUACGUAAGAUCCCCAAAAACCUGAUUGAUCAUUCAUUUAUCACGACAAAUCACCUGUCAGUCAUGCCAGAGAGUUAGCAUUAGCAUGCGAAGGUCCGUGCGUUUAAUCACGCGGUUCUUUAGAUCUUUAGUUUACGUUUCGGAAAGAUCGGAAGACUCGGAUUUACAAUACGAGAGCAAAAUCUGAUGCUUAUCUAAAAUAGCUAAUCUCAAACGGCUAAUAUGAAACUUUCAAAAUAAAGGCUGAUAUAUAUAUAUAAAACGUAUAUAAAUUGACCUUCAUACACCAUAAUAAGUAAAUUAGCAUCUAGAAAUUUCUACAUUAUGAUACAUUUUUUGUGUCUUUUGCGUGAUACUGCUGUAUUCUCAUAGCUUCAUCUGUCAGAAAGUUAGCGGCUAGCUGUGUAGAGAAGAUCUACGAGUUAGAGAGACGUAUCAGGAUUAAAAAUUGUGAGGUUUUUAACGAUUCCUUGCUAGCUAUCUUGCUAUCUGUAGUACGGUAUUAGCGAGGUGAAUAUCAGUAGCUACUCGCCUGUUCAUGUUUGAGAGUUAGUAUUAGCAUGCGGCUGCAUUAGCAUCGACACAUAACCACAACCUGUACGAAGGAUGAUUUUUAGCAGCGAUGUUUAGCAACUUGAUCGCACACGAAUUUCAUAAAAACGACAUCAAGCAACGUGAUUUUGUUGGAUUUCAUGAACGAAAUCGUACGGAAACCAAACUCUGUAAACGCAAACUCCGAGUUCAGCUCGAGUCGUAGCAUUGUGCUAAGUACAGUAAUGCUAAUUUUUUUUUUUUUUUUUUUUUUUUUUUUUUACAACUUUACAAUAAUGAUAAUUUUAAAAAUCUGAAAUCUGUGAUCGGCUCUAAAUCACAAUGUAUUACUCGGAUGGCAAAAUUAAGCUGCUAAGCGGACUUUUUUAAGUCGUAAAUCUUUUUUAGGCUUUUUUUCUCCCUCAAAGUUUUUAUUUUAAAUCUGCAAAUUAAUUUAAAAAAUCUAUUUUAAAAACCCACAAAACAUUUCAUCUGGGUUCAGCUUGACCGAGGAUAUAUUUCCAUGCUUACUUUUUCUUUAUUUUCUAUAUUUUUUCCAAACAGCUAAUCUAUUUUCUUUCUCUCCUUUUUUAAAUUCAGUCUUGCUAUUAGAUAUUUUAAAAGAUUAAAAACGUAUAAAAAAAAAAAUACUUAAUAAUUCAU